GGAAAUUUAUCAGGGCAGAGACAAGGACAACCUGUAUUUCUCACCAGAUUGGAAGGCUACAGGAACGCUACGGCUUCUGAGGCACUUGCAGCAAAUUGGCCAGCGACGAUGCAAAUUGUUAGGCUUAUAUCUCAAGACUGCACGAAUAACAAGGAAUAUGUUGGAAAAGCAGAUUUUCUAGUUUUUCGGGCUAUGAAUCAGCAUGGGUUUCUUGGUCAGUUGCAGGAAAAAAAGCUUUGUGCAGUCAUCCAACUACCGUCCCAGACGUUGUUGCUUUCUGUUUCUAACAAAGCUUGCCGCUUGACUGGAAUGCUUUUCCCUGGGGACAUGCUCGUUUUUAAGCCACAAAUAUCUCAGUGGCAGCAACAACAGCAACAGAUGCAGCAACAGCAACAAAUGCAACAACAACAACAUCCUCAGCUACAACAACAUCCCCAGUUGCAGCAAUGGCGAUAGAAUCUACUGGGGUCACAAGCAAUAGAGAGAUUGAGUGGGUUUAUCUCUAUUCCUUCGAGUGGGCUAAUUACCUGCGUGAACUUUGCCCCUCCGUUUAUACUUCUAGCCUUUUGUGACUUUUUCAAUAUGACGUCUCAUUCAGCGAAAAAAAAAAGAAAAAAACAAUGUGGCUCUAAAUAAGAAAUAAAAAUUAAAUGCGGGAUCCCACACGGCCUCACCCAACUUCUUCCCGUGCCAUUAAUAAUGCUGGUCAUUCUCUUUCACACAUAUAUAUAAGGUCUCAAAUGUUAGGUCGUCGGUCACUAAUAAUAAUACUAUGCUGGUCAUCUUCUCAACAUUUUUAUUGAAUUUUUCUUCUUCGAAUAUUACGAUGAAUUAUCCUUGCACCAAUUUUAGCAUUGAAGUACUUGCCUAGUGAAUUUUUCAUCUUGUCAUGUCAGUCAGCAAGUGCCGGACCAAACGUAUUUUUCAUCUUGUUAACUUGGUGAAUUUA